AAAAUGAAUAUGGUGAUCUUAGUUGACUGCAAACAUAAAUUAGCUCCAAACGAAUUAAAUAAAAUACAUUAUAUCAGGGAAGAAUUGUAAUAAUUAGAAUAACUUUAUUUUUCGAAUAAAUAUUUUACUGAGAUAUCCGCGCGUUAUAGAUAUUAACGAUAUUCUGGUAGAAAGGAAUGAAAUAUUACAAAUCUAAUGUUUCUGGAAAUUAUGGAUAAAUUUCGUUUCACAAAGAUCAUUAAAGGAGUAAUAUCAUAGAAAAAGUGCAAGAGAAAAGAUCUAACGUAAAAAAUCGGGGUGCGAUAUUGUCAUUAACCAUGCUCAGUAGAAUGGAUGGUAGUUCAGAAAUAACGGAGGCCCAACAUAAAAAAUAUCAAAAGCUUGCUAGUGAAUACUCAAAGCUACGAGCCAGGGCAGCUGUACUUCGAAAUGCUGUUUUGGAUGAACAAUCAAAAGGAGAAAGUUUACGUGAACAACUACGACAAAGUGAAACCGCGCUCCGUCGAUCUGAGCAGGAAGUCGAUUCAUUAGGUUUUCGUAAUAGGCAACUAGAGCACAGAGUUGCGGCCCUUCAAGAUGAAAUUGCAAAGAGAGAGGGACGUAUUAAAACUGAUAAUGAAUAUGUACGAAAACAUACAGUAACUGGAAAAGGGGAUCUUCCUGGAGCAGUUGGGGAAAGGGAUGUGGGACAAGACGCUCUAAUUUUCGAAGAACUUCAGAAGAAAAUCAUGGAAAAUGCAGAACUAACUACAAUGUAUUUUUCAUUCAAGGUUGACGACAAGGAACAUGAGCUUCAAAUUCAGGGUGAACGUUUGCUGGAUUUGCAAAAAAUGUUAGAAAAGCGAAACAUAGAAUUCACAGAGUCAGAAAAGCAUUUCCGCAGAGAUUUCGAAGUAUUGCAAAAGAGAAACACAGAGCUCGAAAGUAAGCUCGUUGACGCGAUUAGUAUGUUGGGUAGUGAAGAUGCUCUGAGUGCUUCUGGUAGUGAUCAUACACCAUUUCAUGUUGCUGCGCAACAACAUGAUCAAUCAACAUUAUCUACAGCAUCAGUACCAACAGCUGAAGAACGCAUUUGCAGUCUGGAAAAAGAAAUGGUUCACUGGCGGACACAAUAUGAAAUUUUAAAAAUCAAUGAAGCUACAACUUUAAAUGAGACAAAAAAUGGGUUGUAUGACAAUAAUAUUACAUGCUCGUCUGCUUGUAUUCCAGAGUAUAGCAAUUGUAGCUGUAGCAGUACAGCAGCUGGUUUAAUAGUAAAAUCUGGCUCAGCGGAAGCAAAAAGCUCACGCGACUCAUAUAAGGAACCGACAUUACCGCCCACAAAAGAAGAAAUUCUUUAUAACAGUUUUAGUAAAAAAUUUGAACAUCUUUUGAAAUCUAAGUACUUGGCUGAAUCUCGAAUGUUUUCAUACGAAACGGAAGUGGAACAUUUUCAAAUAUGUUUGGAAAAUGCGACGCAUGAGUUAAAUUCAAAGGAUGAGCAAAUAGGAAGCAUAAAUCAGGCAUUAAAAAUUCUAGAGGAGGAUUUGGCUACCACUCGCAUUAAUUAUGAAGAACAAAUCAGUGUGCUUACGGAACAGGUAAUUAGCUUAAGUGAGCAACUAGCCGCUUCAAAGUAGAAGAAAUUUAUUUGAAACUGUUUGGCACGUGGCUAAUAUAACUCACAAAUAAACACCGUUCAAAGGAUAAACAAUAAUUGUAAACUUUUCGAAGGUAGAUACCGUUCUUCAAAAUUGUAACGUGCGCAAGUAUAUAAGAUUGUAUUUUAAUUAACUUAGUACACGGUAAUUGUUGAUCGUUUAAAUAUCUUGAAAGUUUAUGCAGUGACAACUAUCGAUCACUGAAA